UUUCAUUCCCAUCCUGAUUCCUGGAUAACUGAUUCUGCCAUUGUGGUGGUCAAAUCAGUACGGAGUACUCCGUGUCUCCGUCAUUCUCAACUCCUUCUGCCUUUUAAUUAAACCUCUCUUAUCUCCCAUGGCAGAGCACGAAGAGGAUCGCAAAGCUUCUACCAUUUCAAAGCGCAAAAAGGAAUCUCCUCCGUUUGUGGAGGUGAUCUGCGACCGCACAAAAAAGACAUGGAGGUUUGCAGCCGGGACGGAGGCCAAAUUUGCCGUCAAAAUGAUAAACAGCAAGCUUGAUUCCAGAUAUCAGCUGUCGCCUGGAUCGCAUAUUGAAGCGGUCAAAGACGGCGAAGAGUCCGUAAUAUUCGGCCCCAAUGCGGUGCUCGUCAAUUACGGCGAUGCUUGGAGUCUGCGGAUUGCUACUGAUCCUGCCGGUCUUGGGAAGGCUAAGCAGGACAACACGGUGGUGAUGGGACAAGCAUAUCAUCCCCCGACCAUGGGAUUGGAUUACCAACUUACAAAGAGGACAUCACAAGGAGCUUCCAAGGCCUUAUACAUCGGAAAGAUAUUGCUUGCAUUUAUGUUUAUAUUUUUGUUAGGUGCAAUAUUCACCUUGAUGCUGGAAAGCCUUCCGAAGCUAUCGUCAACAUAGUAAUGAAACCGGAUGAAAAUGCCAAUCUCCUUACCUUCAUGUGUUAUUUAUCUCACACUCAAAACCAUCGUAUAAGAAUUUGUCAGGUAUGAGUUAAUUAUUGAUCAAUGGAUAGUGAAUCCCUUGUUGAUUGUAUAAAUUCUCAUGUGUGAAUAUAAGUGUUUUGUGAUAAUCCUAUCUUGUUGAAUGCCAUUAUUAGUAAUAAUAAAUAUGUAAUCAGACAUGUUGAAAAAAAAAAUAUCUCAGAAUUCUUGUGCAACAUUUCUUUAUGGAGAAAAAAAUAUGUUGGAAA